ACCGCACUACCCUUACGCCGCUCGGCCGGCCGGUUGCAGUCUCCCUUGCUGACCCCUCUGGGGGUCCUGUCCUGUCUCACUUCUCCACUGUCCUCCCGUGUCCUGGCUGCCCCUUCGGGCACCCUGUCUGGUCUGUACCUUCCCUCGUUCUCUACGAACUUGGUGAGUGGCGCGGACCUGCAGGAUGUGGGGGUUCACCAGUUCACUCCUGCGAGUCAGCGGGUGACCCACUGCACGGAGGCACGCACAGGCCGACACCUGGCCACGUUCUCGCGUCGGCCGGGGUCGAGUCUCUACACCCUGACCGUUGAGUCUCCUCCUGUCCCUGCGUCUGGUCAGGUGGCUGCGUCAGGUCAGGUGUUUGCUGCUGCGUCCCGGUCAGGUCCUGAGUCUGCCCCCUGUUCUUGUCGCCUCCUGUCUCACGAGACUCUCCUGUGGCACCACCGUCUUGGCCACCCCUCCUUGCCCCGUCUUCGGAGCAUGGCUUCCCGUGUCCUUGUCUCUGGUCUUCCCCAGUCUCUCCCUCCUCUCCCCUCCGGGCCAGGACCUUCCUGUGUCCCCUGUGUCGAGGGUCGCCUCCGGGCUACUCCUCACUCCUCCCACUUCCCCCCGACAGAGGCUCCCCUGCAGACGCUUCACAUGGAUGUGUGGGGCCCAGCCCCCGUCCGUGGGCAGGGUCACGAGCGCUACUUCCUGUUGGUGGUUGACGACUACUCGCGUUACACCACAGUCCUCCCCUUGCGCAGCAAGGGUGCGGUCACUGAGGUGCUGAUCGACUGGAUCCGCGAGGCUCGUCUCCAGCUCAGGAAGAGCUUCGGCUCGGACUUCCUGUUCUGCGUCUGCACUCGGACAGAGGCGGAGAGUUCUCUUCUCGCCUUCUGCGAGACUACUGUCGUGCACGGGAGGAUCCGCCAGACCUUCACGCUUCCGGACUCACCACAGCAAAAUGGGAUUGCUGAGCGCCGCAUUGGCAUGGUCAUGGAUGUCGCUCCCCAACCUUCACCGUCCCCCGCCUUGCUGUGGACGGGGAAGGUUGGCGAUGCGUCUGUGUUCCGUGUCUGGGGAUCUCGGGCGUUUGUCCGCGACUUGUCUGCGGACAAGCUGUCCCCUCGUGCUGCUCCCUGUGUCUUCCUUGGCUUCCCCACUGACGCCCCAGGGUGGCAGUUUUACCACCCCUCCUCUCGUCGUGUUUUGUCCUCCCAGGACGUCACGUUCGACGAGUCAGUCCCCUUCUACCGUCUCUUCCCCUACCGCACUCCUUCCCUCCCCCCUCCCCCGGACUUCCUUGUGCCGGUUCCCCCCCCGGUAGACCCCCUCCCCCCUCAGGUUCCUGCCCCCUCAGGUGUGUCCCAGGUAGACGCCGUUGACCCGGUCGAGGUUACUAGUGACUCUGGUGCUGCUGCGGGUGCUGAGCCUGGGGGUGCUGACUCUGGGGGUGCUGUGCGCGGGGGUGCUGAGCCUGGGGGUGCUACUGAUGGGGGUGCUGGGCCUGAGGGUGCUACUGCGGAGGCUGCUGAGCCUGGGGGUGCUGAGCUGGGAGCUGCUGAGCCUGGGGGUGCUGCGUCUGGAGCUGCUGAGCCUGGGGUUUCUCCUGCUGCUGCGUCUCGCCGGGAGCCCCUCUCUCCACAGGAGCUGCGCGAGUGGUUCGCUCGCCGCUGGAGGCGUGCUGCUGAGUCUGGAGGUGCUGCUGGAGCUGGAGCUGGAGCUUCUUCGACCGUCGAGGGUGCGGGUGCUGCCGGUCCUGGAGCUGCUGGACCUGCGGGUCCUCCUGGAGCUGGAAGUGCUGAGGGCGUUGGUGCUGAGCCUACUGCUGUUGGUCCUGCCGCUGGAGGUGUGGGUGGCGCUGGUGCUGUCGCUGAGGGUGCUGGUGCUGUCCCUGCUGAGUCUGGAGCUGCCGUGCGGCCUCGACCGUACUUGGUUCCGCUCCUGCAGCAGGUUCUUGGUCUUUCUCCUCCAGUAGAGGGUCCACCGCCUGUCCAGUCGCAGUCCCUACUGGAGCCUUCCUCUCCACUGCCUGCUCCCUCUCCUUACACUGGUCCUACUGGGGGUCUUGCUGAGCGUCGUGAGCCUGCAUCUCGUCCCGCGUCGCCUUUUCGUGCUGCUCGCGCUAGUGGUCGCAGUUCGCGUCAACGUCCUCCUCCUGUCCCUGGCACCCACCGGAUGUCUUUGCGUCCGUCCACUGCUCCUCUGCGUGCCCCUUUGCCUUCUCCUCCUGAGUCCUCUCUUCCUGCGCUUGCCGACCGUGAGUCGGACUCUCUUCGUGCUGCCAGUCCUACUGUCACGCGUCUGCUUGCUACUGUCGUCACUGACCCCUCUUUUGAGUCCACUGCUGCGUCUGCUCUUGUCGCUGAGCUCGUCGACUUUGCUGCUCGCUGUCGUCUCGACUACGCUGCUAGUCUUGUUGCUGAGUCUGCGUCUGUCUGUCCUCCGUCCGUCGGGGGUGAGUGUGCUCUUGGCACGGACGUCCUAGAGGACAGGCAGGAGGAGUUACAGUGUCUAGCGGCUGCUUCACCUCAUCUCGCGUCUGUACUGCUUGCCCCUGAGGGAGACCCGGAUGCACUAGACAUCCCGACUCCGCGUUCUUACGCGGAGGCCGUAGAGGGUCCCUACUCCUCUCAGUGGCAGGCAGCUAUGGAUGCAGAGAUGGCUUCCUGGAAGUCCACAGGCACCUACGUUGACGCGGUUCCCCCUCCUGGGGCGAACAUCGUCAGUGGCAUGUGGAUCUUCAGGGUGAAGCGGCCGCCGGGCUCUCCACCUGUCUUCAAGGCACGGUACGUUGCUCGUGGUUUCAGUCAGCGGCAGGGAGUUGACUACUUUCAGACCUUCUCUCCCACCCCGAAGAUGACCACUCUUCGGGUGCUGCUGCACAUAGCCGCUCAGCGCGACUACGAGCUUCACUCUCUCGACUUCAGCACUGCGUUCUUGCAGGGUAGCCUGCACGAGGAGAUCUGGCUUCGCCGUCCACCUGGCUUCACUGGGACUUUCCCUCCUGGCACCCAGUGGAGCCUCCGACGGCCAGUCUACGGUCUCCGCCAGGCACCGCGUGAGUGGCACGACACACUGAGGACUACGCUUGCGGCCCUUGGGUUUGCUCCUUCUACUGCUGACCCGUCGCUGUUUCUUCGCACCGACACUUCCCUGCCGCCGUUCUACAUCCUCGUGUACGUCGACGACUUGGUCUUUGCCACAGCGGACACUGCUGGACUCGCCUACGUGAAGUCCGAGCUGCUGAAGAGACACACGUGCACAGACCUGGGUGAACUGCGCAGCUACCUUGGCUUGCAGAUCACUCGGGACAGAGCACGCCGCACCAUUACCUUGACUCAGUCACACAUGGUGCAGCAGGUCCUUCAGCGCUUCGGCUUCACGUACUCCUCGCCUCAGGCCACUCCUCUGCCUACUCGCCACUCACUCUCAGCUCUGCCUUCGGAUGAGUCCGUAGAGUCGAGUGGUCCGUAUGCAGAGCUUGUUGGCUGCCUCAUGUACCUGAUGACCUGCACACGACCUGACCUUGCAUACCCUCUGAGCAUUCUUGCACGCUAUGUUGCUCCUGGGAGACAUAGACCAGAGCACAUGGCUGCAGCGAAGAGGGUAUUGCGCUACCUGUGCAGUACGUCGGGCAUGGGGCUAGUGCUUGGAGGGCGGAGUCCAGUGGUCCUUACCGGCCACGCGGACGCUUCUUGGGCUGACGACCAGGCUACGCAGCGGUCGUCACAGGGUUACACCUUCAGCCUUCGGUUCCGGCUCUGUCUCGUGGCGGUCUACUCGCUCGUCUUCGGUUCUCGGCUCCAGUUGUGA